CAUUUCUUCCUCACACCAUCUCCUCCAUGUCACCUUCGCCUCGACGCCCAACUAAUCGUUUCCCCUCUGGAUUCCACUCGACAACCUGGCCUGGCGCAUGAUGUCCCCAAUCGGCCUUCUCAGUGUAUGUCCAAUCAAUCUCCACUUUCUUCUGCAUAUUUAUUGGGUGAUAGGUUCUUGGUUGGUUCGCUCCCAAGCAGAGUUCCUUGUUGCUUAUUCUGACUAUUCUGGCCAUCUGAUCUUCAGUAUCGAGCGUAAGUGGCAGCUGUUGAUGAAUAUCUGUAGUUUGUUGGAAAUACUUUUCGUGACACGCCAAGUUUCUGAACCACCGCAUAGAAGCACUGACUUGACAUUGGUAUUAAAAAUCCGGAUCUUGUUCUUUGUGCUGAGUGCAGUAGAUCUCCACACUGACUUCAGAUUAUUGAAAGCCUGUCAUACUGUUUUUCCCAUCCUGGUUUUGACAUCCUCGUCUGUGCCUGUGCCGCCUGUAGUUGAAACGAUACUGCCUAGGUAGGUAGGUGAGAGAGACUACUUAAUUUAAGUUUCCCCCGUUAAUGGUGAUUGGUGCUUGCUGUUGUUGUUGGUUCGGUAUCUUCUUCACCUCCGUCUUCUCUACAUUCACUUGAAGUCCCGUCUUCGCUGCCCUAUCUCUUCUGUCAACUUGUUAGUUUUCGCCUGUAGACCUUCGAGUUUGUGCGACAUUAAACAUAAAUCACCAUCAGCGAAAUCUAAAUCUUCUCCUGGGGUCUUUUGAUCGAUCCAGUCAGUGUAUGCCUAUCUUCUUGCUCCUCACAGUUGUCUGCUGCAUGAUCCAGUCUACCACAAUCAGGAAGAUUAUGGGUGAUAGUAGACAGUCUUUUCUUACUCCUUCCUGUCUCCACUUCAAAGACGUCGCUGAGCUUUCCAUUGUGGAUCACUUGGCAUGUGUCGUCGUCAUAUAGCUGUUGAAUGAGGUUGAUAAAGACUGGUGGCACUCCGUAGUGUUGAGGC